AUGAUUCGUCCUAUCGCACAAAUAUCUUGCUGGAUUGUUGAGGAUUCUUCGAAAGAAUAUAAACCUCCAGAAGGUUUCUACGUGAACCAGUUGCAAGGCGGACAAGGUGGAAAACCCAGUCGUCGCAACACGGAACUCUUUCUAGACCUUCCUCUAAUCCCGGGGCGAGCCAUAAAUAUUGGACGGGACCAUCAUGUGAAUGAAAUUUCAAUAAAUCAUCCUAAUGUUUCAAGAAAACAUUUCGUCAUCUAUUCAGUCAUCUACGACCUGAAUGAUAUUCAAAAGCAGCCCUGUUUGAUAUAUGUACGAGACUGUCAAUCUCUUGCGGGUACAUAUAUCAACGAAAUCUGCAUCGGUAAUAAAGAGAAAGGUGCUACGCGCGGAUUUUAUAUUAGUCGAGACGUUGAAGUUACUAUCAAGCCUUACUGGAAAUUUCGUAUCUCUCUUUUAGAUCAUAAUACCGAGCUAAAAUCACCCUUGAACUCAAUUCAACUCAAGGAGUCAACUCUUUUCCAAGAUCGAUACAUCAUUACAGACCGAACUCUCGGUCGUGGAGCUUUUGCAAAAAUUCAUCUAGCUGUCGACGCGAGAACGGGAAAACAGCUUGCUUGCAAAAUCCACGAUCUCGAUCGUCUUCGUCGACUAGCACCCUCUCAUGAUUUAAUCCGACGUAUUAAGGAUGAGACCGAUAUACUCGGAAAGCUGAGGCAUCCUAACCUUCCUGUAUUCGAAUAUGCGUUCCACUCAGCACACACCCUCUACACAUUUAUUGAGCUUGCAACAGGCGGGGACCUCUUUUCGAUGCGUCUAACCCGAGGAACUUUCGAUGAGCAAGAUUGCAAAUUCGUCAUUCGGCAAGUCAUAAAUGCCAUUUGUUAUCUUCAUAAGGGAGGUAUUGCACAUCGCGACCUAAAGCCCGAAAAUAUAUUCUUCGCUACAGGGCCGGAUCUUACAGGCCGUGUUAUUGUCGGUGACUUAGGAUUUGCAAAAUCCACAGCUUCAGGUCGUAUGGCUAGUCGAGUAGGUACUGACCAGUACAUGGCACCCGAAGUUGAAUAUGGCGGGACACAUGGUCUAGCUGUGGACAUUUGGUCCCUUGGCAUGAUUGUGGUGUUCCUUUUAGCACCAGAUGAGAACGCUGUUCCGAGUAGCAUCAUGAAAAUAAAUCAAGCAGCAAUUACCGGGUGGCUCGACAGCGUAUUCGAAGACCCUUCUCAACAGAGGAUAAGUAAUAGUUGUCAACAAUUCAUUAGGUCUUGUCUCAUGUUUGAACCUGGGCGUCGGUUGAAAGCAUCUGAAGCGAAGCAUCAUUCUUGGUUUCAGCAACAGCCAGACAAGCAACAAUUCAAGUUUCUCAUGAAGGAAAAUAUCGAGACGUGGAAACCAGCCCAUACAAUUGCUCCACCUAUACAAGAGCUUCCGGACAUACAGCAAAUCUGCAGUACAGUUCACCAAGAGGGGCAAGACAGGGCGUCUUACUCUUCAACUCCAUCGGCCAAUUUAGGGAAGAGGGCCUCCAUAGACACAACUGCGGAUGGAAGUAAUCCACAAGCAUCGCCUCAUUUCACCUAUCCAGGGCCGGUAGGGCCUAAGCGAUUGAAGAUGACUGGAUUGGGGGCUUAA